CAGGUCGGGGCUGAGCCGUGAGGGGGGUGGGCAGGCGGAACGGCGCUACCCGCGCUGAGGGGGCGGCGGAGGGGUACGGGGAAGAGAGAGACGCAAAACGCCCUCCGCGCGUGGGUACGCGCUGCGCCCCUCCCGCUCCCCACAGCCGCCCCCGUGCUGCGUCCCGCCUUGAGGCGCCGCCGGGCCCUCGCCUCAGCACCGCGGGCUUCAGCGCCGCCCGGCCCGGCCCAAGCCCCUCGCCUCAGCACCGCGGGCUUCAGCGCCGCCCGGCCCGGCCUAAGGCCCUCGCCUCAGCACCGCCCGGCUCAGCCCGGCCCAAGGCCCUCGCCUCAGCACCGCCCGGCUCAGCCCAGCCCAACCCGGCGGUUCCUCUGAACGCACCGUCCCGUCCCGUGCCUUUUGUUUUCCCGCAGCCAGACGACAAAACGUUCAACGUAGUUGCUUCAUCUCUUGGCAUCAGCGGGUUUACAGCUCUCUUUGGCUGGAGGCCAUUAGUAGUGCCCUCGAGCAAAACGGCGCGAUGGUGCCUCCGAGAAAAGGAUGUCUAAGACAUGGCAAAUGUGAGGGACUGCAGUUUUUCUCUGGAGAAGCUGGAACACCUUCCCAGGAGAUGCAGUGGACUGACAGAGUUCUUACACUGCACUCAGGGAGAGAGACGAGGCGCGCAGCAGCACCUCCUGAACCGGUCUGACUGCGAGUAACCUCGGGACGCGCUCAGGUCCGUGGCCGUGCCAGCGGCACUGACCGCCCCCGUUCCCGGCCGCCUCUCGGUGGGGCGGAGCUUCCCCCGCGCAGCCGCGGGCCGGGACGUGAGACGUGCUGCGCGGCGCCUGCGCGGUGGAGGGAACGGGAAGAGAAGAGGUGGAGCGGUUGCGAUGAAGGUGGCGGUGGUGGGAUGCUGCCAUGGCGCCCUGGAUAAGAUGUACGAGACGCUGGAGCUGCUGCAGCGGCGGCACAACGUGCGGCUCGACUUGCUGCUCUGCUGCGGCGACUUCCAGGCCGUACGGAACGAGGCGGACCUGCGCUGCAUGGCCGUGCCCGCCAAGUACCGCCACAUGCAGACCUUCUACCGGUACUACUCCGGCGAGAAGAAGGCCCCGGUGCUCACGGUGUUCAUCGGCGGGAACCACGAGGCGUCCAACCAUCUGCAGGAGCUGCCCUACGGUGGGUGGGUGGCACCAAACAUCUAUUACCUCGGUUACGCGGGUGUGGUGCGGUUCCGCGGCGUGAGGAUCGGUGGUAUCUCGGGCAUUUUCAAGUCUCACGACUACCGGAAAGGCCACUUUGAAUGCCCACCCUACAACCAGCAAACAAUUAGAAGUGCUUACCAUGUGAGGAAUAUUGAAGUUUUCAAACUCAAGCAGCUAAAGCGCCCAAUUGAUAUAUUUAUGUCACACGACUGGCCGAGGAGCAUAUACCACUAUGGAAACAAGAACCAGCUUCUUAAAAUGAAAUCCUUCUUCCGUCAAGAAGUAGAGAGCAACACAUUAGGAAGCCCUGCUGCUUCAGAGCUGCUGCAGCAUCUGAAACCCACCUACUGGUUCUCUGCACAUCUUCAUGUAAAAUUUGCAGCUUUCAUGCAACACCAGACAAACUCCAAAGAAGAGCUACCAAAAGCAACGAAGUUUCUGGCUCUGGACAAAUGUUUGCCACACAGAGACUUUUUACAGAUAAUAGACGUAGAGCAUGAUCCUAGUGCAGGGGACUCACUGGAGUACGAUGCUGAGUGGAUUGCAGUCCUGAAGGCCACCAACCGUCUUGUUAAUGUAACUCAGAGCUCAUGGAAUAUGCCUGAAAAGAAUGGCCUCCAUGCAAAGUGGGAUUACAGUGUGACAGACGAAGCCAUAAAAGAAGUGUUAGAAGAGUUGAAUCAUAACCUCAAAAUUCCUUGUAACUUCACAAUGACAGCUGCUUGUUACGAUCCCAGCAAGCCUCAAAAACACAUGGAACCAGUUCAUACCAUCAAUCCACAGACCACAGAGUUCUGUGCCCAGUUUGGCCUCACUGACAUCAAUGGCAGGAUCCAGCAAGCUAAAGAGGAGAGCUCAGCACGAAGCGAACACGAAGAGGAGGAGGAGGAAGAGGAGAUGGACAGUACUGGGUCAGCAGAGGAACCCAGUGAAUAUAACACAGAUAACUCUGGACUUUCAUCCAUUAAUCCAGAUGAAAUAAUGCUGGAUGAAGAAGGUGGAGAUGAAGACUUGAGUACGUGUUCUGUGGAUCCCUCCCCUGAUCACCCUCCAGACUUUUCUGCAAGCUUCUCUGACAUCCGAAUCAUGCCAGAUUCCAUGGCAGUGUCGUCUGAUGAUGCCAUGGAUUCCACAAAUGAGGAACUGGAGAAAUCUGCUCUGAGUAAGGUGGAAGAGAAGAGCUUGAGUGAGAGACCGUUAAAACGCAUUGGUGGCAGUGAAAAUGGAAACAGUAGUGUUAAAAAAAUUAAGAGAAGGAACCAAGCUAUCUAUGCGACAGAGGAUGAGGAUAAAACAGAGUAAUGCUUCAUAUGACGUAUAAGUAAGUUCUCUCUGUACCUUUUUAUUGGAAGGUGGUGAGAACUGUGGUGGACUUGGCUACUUGUGCUUUUAAUGUUGUUUGAUCUUAUUCAUAUUACUGUCUGAAGCCGAAGAGCCUGUGUGCACCUCUUGCAGGGAUUCAGGAUCUGGGUUAAAGUCAGAAGCAGUUGGAAAAGUCUGAGUACUUUGUCAAAGGAUUUUUUAAAGCUCAUGCAUAAUCAGUUGAUUUUUGCUUCAGUUUUUGGUUAUUAGUGUAUCUUCAGCUGUACUGCUGUACAAGAUUUGCCCUGCUUGUUUAGCAAGAAAAGAGCUCUUCAGCUGUAACUCAAGUCAAAGUGAGAGGAUGUCUGACUUGGAAGACUGAAUGAUUUGAUUUUAUUGCUUUUGUCUUGUUUUGUACUGAACUUUUAAAGUAGCAGAUGCAAUAACUCCGUGACUAAAUCUGAAAAUAGAAUUCCCACAAUAACAAAACAGCAGUAGAAGAGUGAAGAUAUUUGUUUCUAAUGAUCAAAAAUCUUCAUGGUUAUAAAAACCAUAAAAUAUAUAUUGUCCAGUAUUGGCUUUUACUUAUAGUUUUGAUUGGGAACCAAAUCUGUUAAUUCAAAGCAUGACGGUUUUAUGGGGGCCAUGGAGGAGUGUAUCUCUGUUCUUAAAAUCUCACUUAUGUGGUGUUUCUAAAACUUCAACUGUGUCUUAAGAUGCAAGUGUUUAGGAUGAACAGCUUCCUAAAUAUGGACAUCACGACUGCCUCAAUUCUUGUGAAUUGUGGCAUUGUUGUGUUUCCAUAAUGGGGUCGUCGAUGUUUAUAGGUUGCUUGAGACAAUAAUGCCUGACAUUAUCAUUAGCCUAAAUUUUCAGUUGUCGCUCCUUUUCAGUAGUGUGUAACUUGCCAUGACCUUGCAACUGGAUUUGGAAUCUUCCAAAGUACCUUCAUAAACUUCAUCUGAGGGAAAACAGGAAUUGCCAGAAUAUAGAUCCUCUUGGAAGUGGGAAGUUUUAUUGUUCUGUUCUGGUUUGCCCUGAAUUAUUAGCAAACAAAUUGCACUCUUUUGUCCUAAAAGGCCGUGAGGAUAACAAAACUUCCUCAAGUCUAGAAAAUGACAGUAUUUUUAACAACUAUAGCCUAUGUCAUUAGACUCAUUAGUCUUACAGUCAAGUUCUGCUGGUGUUCUGCGCUGAGCGUUCCGAAUCGAGCUGGAGGGUGACUUCCUCAUGACUGUGCUGCCCUUGAAUGCAGACGUAGCUCCUGUGGGUUUUUACUCUUCCAAGGCAAGAGGCACGGUGGAGAGGAAAGCAUCCUGACAGGAAGAGGGAACUGGACAGGUAGCCACGAGUGAAAUAGAUUGGUGUGAGUUACGUACCAGAGAAAGACUCCAAGGUCAAGAUUUCAGUCUUUAAAAUUGCUUCUAUAUUCUGGGAUUCAUUUUGGUUCUUCUCCUGUCAGCAGUUCACUAGGAAAACUAAAUGCAUGUAAGUAUUCAAGAGCUAGAAGAUGGCAAAAUUAAUGCUCUCCACAGUCCUGGUUAAUGGUUUUGUACUGGUGAGUUGAUGCCGUUAACAUCCUGUUUUUCAUCCAGAGGACAUUAUAUUGCUUACUAAAUGAUUAUUUGGGCACUCCUAAUCUUCCUCCUGUUUCUCUCUAUUCCUGCUCAUCUGUCAGAACACUCAUCAAAAACGAACUGUGGUAUGAUGUGAUGAAAAGUUGGAAGUGUUUGGUGUAACCUCAGGUUAUCUAAAGUAGCUGUGACCUAUCAGCUAGAUUACUGAAGAUAGCAGAGUAUCUUCAAGAAGGUCUGCAACACUAAAGUUUUACACAUGCCUCAUGAUCUGAAGACUACAGUGGAAAUAAAGUACUUUAAAUACAAAUUGUGUAAUGGACUUGAAAAGUCUCCCAAGAAACCAGAGCAUGGUAUUCAGCAGUCUAAUUCUACAUGAACUGGAAUGGAAGAUGAGUGGUACAUGUAAGAGACUUUUUAGACUGUCUUCAUAUGUUUUUUAAUGCAAAUUCUCCUGUUACCCGCAAUGCUCCCUUUUCUGUUAAAUAUGUUUUGGCUUUCUAGAAAGGGGGAGACUUUGACAAGUCUGGGGUUUUUUUAUUCUUUAAAGAUAUUUUUAAUAAAGUAUUUCAGCAUCAA